CCAGCAGAAGAAGCUCCAGAACGCUAACCCACUUGCUGCCUCCACGGCGUCUUUGCCCACUGAAUAGCAAUGAGAAGACAACUCCGGUCCAGAAGGGCUCCGGCCUUUCCUUACGGUUAUCGCUACAGACUUGAUGAUCAGGAUGAAGUGAAUCAGAACUACUUAGCAGAUGAAGAAGAAGAAGCAGAAGAGGAGGCUCGGGUGAUGAUGGUGCCUAAUUUGGAGGAGGAGGAAGAAGAGGAGGAGAAAGAGGAGGAGGAGGAGGAGGAGGAAAAAGAGGAGGAAGAGGGUCAGGGUCAGCCAACAGGCAAUGCCUGGUGGCAGAAAUUGCAGAUCAUCAAUGAAUACCUGUGGGACCCGGAGAGAAGGAUGUCUCUGGCCCGAACAGGUCAGAGUUGGAGCCUGAUUUUGGUCAUUUACUUCUUCUUCUAUGCCUCCCUGGCUGCUGUGAUCACCCUCUGCAUGUAUACACUAUUUCUGACCAUCAGUCCUUACAUGCCAACCUUCACUGAGCGGAUGAAGCCUCCCGGAGUUAUGAUCAGACCCUUCGCUCAUAGUCUUAACUUCAACUUCAAUGUUUCUGAACCCGACACUUGGCAGCAUUAUGUGAUCAGCCUAAACGGCUUUCUUCAGGGUUAUAAUGACAGUCUUCAAGAGGAAAUGAAUGUAGAUUGCCCCCCGGGGCAGUACUUCAUCCAAGAUGGCGAUGAGGAUGAAGACAAGAAGGCUUGCCAAUUUAAGCGCUCCUUCCUAAAAAACUGCUCUGGUCUGGAGGACCCUACUUUUGGAUACUCUACUGGACAGCCUUGCAUCCUCCUAAAGAUGAACCGGAUUGUAGGCUUUCGUCCUGAGCUUGGAGAUCCUGUGAAAGUUUCCUGCAAAGUUCAGAGAGGUGAUGAAAAUGACAUCAGAUCUAUCAAUUACUACCCAGAGUCGGCUUCUUUUGACCUUCGCUACUACCCUUACUAUGGCAAGCUGACUCACGUUAACUACACCUCCCCACUGGUAGCAAUGCACUUUACAGAUGUGGUAAAGAACCAAGAGGUGCCUGUGCAGUGCCAACUGAAGGGCAAAGGCAUCAUAAAUGAUGUCAUCAAUGAUCGUUUUGUCGGUAGGGUAAUCUUUACCCUGAACAUAGAAACCUAAGAACUCCAGGAGGCCACUCCCACCAGUUCUAUUCCUGUUUUAUUUCAUGUUACUUCUGGUAGCACCUGAAUUCUUAUUCUUCAAUUAGGACACAGCCAGAUUGGUGCCUAAGAUAGCAGGUCAUCUUUCCUUGCCUUUGAUAUAUGUAUGAAGUGAUAUUGUGGGAGCUGUUUGAUUUUUUAAAGGUAGUCUCUCCUGAUGACAAAUAGAGUAUAUUAAUUUCCUUUGCUUCCACUUAAAACAAAACUCAUUCUUGCUGUUAGGAACCUCACUGUAGUGUAAACAUAGUAUCUGAUAAAUUCAUAAUAGCCACAUUCAGGAGAAUUCUACAAUGCUUAUAAAUUCAUCAUGUUUCCCAAAAUUUUGUUGGUUUUAGAGGUGAGAUUACCCCCAACCAGGCUGAUAAUCUAAUCCCCUUCCUUUUUUUUAUAUGCCUGGCAAGGUUUUACCUUGGGAAUCACCUAGGCCAACCCAGACUACACCUAGGGCCACUAUACCUAUAGAACUUCAUCUCCAGGUGUGCUCGAGAAACUGACUCUCAUAGGCAACUAAAUACUGAUUCAAAACUAGGUUAUCUUCAACUGGGAUAGAAAGCAGUAAUAACUGGAUAUUGUUCUGGGAUCGAGAUGAAGAUCUUCUGUAUGACUUUUUUGGGAGGUGGGACCCACUGUGAUUGGGGAGAACACUUAGCACAUGGAUGCAAUUGGUGGUUGAUUCCAUGCUCUAUGGUAUAAUUGUCCAAAAGCAAACAUUCCUGCAAAUAGGUUUGACUGAGCUUCAGGCAGAGGAGAAAACAUGGGAUAUGCCCAUUAACCAAUUCUUGGACUAUUUGCUUGAUAGUAGUAAGAUAUUCUUUGAGACCAUCAAGGAUGGGUGUAUUGACCCCCAACUACAGUCCUGGGAAUUGAAAUCAGCUCUGGGAAUUGACAUAUAUGUCAAGACAGAAAGAUCCUGUCAGGCCACCCUGAAGCCAAGGCUCAUUAGUCAGUUUUAGGUUUACUUUCAAAAUGACAUGAGGCAGAUGUUUAUCCAUGUUGUGGAUCAGCCAAUUCCCUUUGUCUUAUCUUUGGCCAUGUGACCAUUCCAUUGCUGCUUAACACCUCCACCAGGGGGAGAGCUGGGACAAAGAGAGAAGGCAGGGGGAAAUAUCAUUAGUGUCUCAGGGUCCAAAGCAAGCUUAAAUGCCACUUAGAAGCAUCCAGCAUGUGAAUCUCCUCUACAAUGUUUACUUUCUCCCAAAACAGGGAACUGGCAGUCUGGUAGUGAAGACAAGCAAGUGAGAACGAAUUAUGAUAUAGUGUAACAAGAGUUAAAAAAUGAGUAUGUGGAAAUGCUAUGGGGAACACGAGGAAAAAGAACCAUCUCCAGGUGAGAAGUAGAAGGAAGUUUCACAUGCAACGCCACAAUCAUGAAAAGACCAUCAUGUGUUUUGGUCACUGUAAAUUGGAAUAUAAAGAGAUCAGAAGGAAAUGGCAGGGAGUGGCAGGAGAUUGGGCUAGAGAGGUAUUCAGAGACUUCAAAUUUUAUUCAGUAGGUGUAAAGGAGUCUUAAAGUAUUUUCAUCAGAGAAACUCCUUGAUCACCUUUUCAAUUUAGAAAGAGCACUUUGGACUGGGCGCUGUGGCACAUGCCUGUAAUCCCAGUAGCUCAGGAGGCUGAGGCAGGAGGAUAACGCGUUCAAACCAGCCUCAGCAACUUAGUGAGGCCUAAGCAACUUAGUGAGACCCUGUCUCUAAGUAAAAUACCAAAUGGGCUGGGGAUGUGGCUCAGUGGUCAAGUGCCCCUGCGUUUAAUCCGCAGUACCAAAAGAAAAAAAAAAUAGAGCACUUUGGCAGUCACAACUUGAAGGGUAGAGUGGAGCGGGACCCAUUUGGGGAAUGGGAAGAGGAGCAAAAGAUGAUCCUAAGUUUCUGAGCUUGGCUAAAACCAAUGAGAUGGUGAUGUUGAUCAAGACUGGGUAUAAGAGAGAAGCAGGUUUGAAGAGGAAGUUGUUGAGAUCAGUUCUGGACAUUUUAGGCUUGUGGUUUCUCUUGGUCAGACAUUGAUGUGCAGAUAAAAAUACAUGUAAAGUUGGAGAGAAGUAAAGUGAGAACAAAAACAGCAUUUGGCUAAGUGAACUCACUUUAGAAAUCCUAAGCUAUUUAAUCUUGGGAAUUUGAGCCAGUUAUGUAAACAUACUACACCAAUUUUGUCCCGAAUAUAGUGAUUUCUCUUGGCUUUGUGGCAGAAAGGACUGCUAUUGAUCUUCAGAAUCUCCUUCCCAGACACUUUCCAAGUCUUAUUGACAGAGUAGAGGGGGACUGACCACUGUUAACAAGUAAUAGAAGACAUACACAACAACAGAUAUAUAGAAAAUACAAAACAAAAAUGGAACUGUCCUCUCAACCCAUUUUUGUAACAAGUUCAAUUUUCAAAAUUAACUUUUAAAAAGAAGAACAAAAUGAAAAACACAACACCAUUUAAAAAUGAUCUCAAACAAUGAAACUCAAGAUUCAGUAAUAAGAGAAAAUAGAACAUUAAAUCUGGAAAGAAUCUUAGAGAGUAUUUAGAGUAAACAACUUGCAUUGCAUCUGACUCCAGGUCCAGUGCUCUUUCUACUCUGAGCUGCUGCUUACCAGGAAGUACCAUCUUUUUAAAAAUCGAUGAAUGAUAUCCUAAACCUCUUGAAACAUGUCAAAUUUGAGUUAAAAUUGUUGACAUUUCAUGGGAAUUCAACUUCUGGUGCUAUAUUUUAUACAUAAUAUGUUAUCCUGUUAAAUAUGUUGACUGUUAGACAAGGAAUUGUGAAUCUUUGGCCACACAGUGUUUCUCAUUCAAUGAAUUCGAUCAUGUCCACAAUUUCAAAGCAACUGAGUACUAAGAUAGUUUGAGUUGUCAGCUACAACAUGAAAAAUUGCUUUUUUUAUACAGAACUGAAUUAAUGAAUAUAUUCAUUAAUGUUAGAUUUUAACUGUUCAAUAAACUUCUAGUCAAUUAUUUUAAACAGUCUCCCAUACUGCACUGUAUCAGGAUUUAAUUUGUAUACCAUCUAUUGCAAUGCACUUGGUUGUAUACUUGAUCGUCAAUGAGAAAUACUAUUUUCAAAUGCCUUCAUGUUUUUGUCCAUGCUGAACUUUGGUUAUGAUUUUUUCAUUCUCCACCCCUUGGAAAUCAUUAUCCUAAAGUAAUCUUUCUUAGGCAUCUAUUUGCUGGAGUCUUCAUGUAGAAAACAUUUAUAUUGUCUUGGGGAGUUAUU